AUGUCUGCAAACAAGAAGAGAAAGGUUGAUACUUCUCCCAAGAAACCUCAAUUGAGUGCCUUUGCAGCUAGACAAGCUCUGAAGAACAAAACUGGCAGUCCGAGUACUCCUGCAAAACAGAUUCUGGCUUCUAUUCCUACGUUUACCGCUGCUUCGACCGAUCUGAAAGUCUCAAGUUCGGAGCAUGCGAAUACACAGACUGCCGUUGAAGACACCGGACCCCAAACUGCCCUAGGAAAUGCCGCUGAUGGCAUCAACCUGGAUCUCAAUGAAGGUGUCCAACUCGCUACGUCCUCGGCAAUUUCUCUUGAAUGCAUCGAUUUACACACCGAAUUAGACAAGAAUUUUGAAUCACGUGCCAAAUCCCCAGAUAUCCUGCCUGAGAAGCCCUCUGUGCCACUCUCUUCUUACAGGCCCAGUAAGAGCAACACCAGGGACGUUGGUGGCGGUACGCUCCGUUUGAGAUUGGCGCCUGGGGAGCGCCUGGUUAUUGUCGGUCAAUAUGAACUCCGCGUCCGGAAGGGUCAGGUCACAUUCAUGGGCGCGGCUUUGCAACCAUCGGAUACCUUCCAUCGAGUCUUCGCUGCAUCUUCCCACUCUCUACCUGUGAUCAGAUGCUCAAUGAACGAUGUCAUCCCAGCCGAAAUUCUUCUGCGUGGCUGCCAUGGUGGCUUGGAUGUGUUGGAGCCCCUGUCGCCUCUGUUUGGUAGGCUAUGGCAUGCCCAUGGAGGUCCGUUAGGAGAGAACUACCCUGACCUGUUGCCCAAGUUCAACAGGACGACAUUCCGAAUCCUAUUCUCAACGAAGCUCGACCUCCAGUCAAGCUAUCUGCAACCCCUAAUAUCCCCGCCCGAAUGGAAUCAACUACUGUCAAAAUUGUCCGAGCCUGUAGAAAAGAAUCGUGUGGUCAUGAUUUGUGGUCCCAAAUCCUCAGGCAAAUCAACGUUUGCGAAAAUCCUCGGUAACAGAUUACUGUCCAUCUCAGAGAACAGCACAUCUCGAGGCAUCGCAGUACUGGACAUCGACCCGGGACAGCCAGAAUACUCGCCCCCCGGACAACUUGCUCUUGUGCACGUCCAGAAUCCUAAUUUUGGACCUCCCUUCUCUCAUCCACUCCCAGCUGGGAAAAGUACCCUCAUCCGUGCCCACUCCGUAGCUUCAAUAUCACCAUCUUCAGACCCAUCUUUAUACCUGUCUUGCGCAUUGGAUCUCUUCUCUCAUUACCGGAAAAUGGGAUCAGCAGUAAGAAACUGCCCUCUAAUCAUCAACACCCCCGGCUGGGUCUUCGGCACCGGUCUAGAGAUCCUCGUCGAUUUGAUCGGGCGCGUCAAGCCCACGGAGGUGAUCUACAUGUCACUGGAAGGGCCCUGGGAAGUCGUCAGCACGCUCAAAGAUUCCGCCAAGCAGUCCACGUUCUUCACACUCCCGUCUCAAAUUAGCGAGUACACGACGAGAACGGCAGCUCAUCUGCGGAGUAUGCAAGCGAUCUCAUACUUCCACCUCGCUUCUGCAGAUUCAAACGAGCUGCUUUGGAGGGGCCAGCCUCUUACUGCUAUCCCGCCUUGGGAGAUCAGGUAUACGGGCGAGAGUCCCGGGAUCAUAGGCGUGAUGUGCUACGGGGAGCAACCGCCCCCAGAACUCCUCGCCGAAACGAUCAACGGGUCUCUGGUAGCUGUGGUCGUGAUAGAAGACCUGGCAGCCAUCCCCAAACCGAAGGACGGCCACGAGGAAGAUGUAGACGGUGCCUUUGACGCCGAACUCCAAGUUCCGAAGCACUUCCCGGAAUCUCGCCGUAUAGAAGAACCGGACAUUAUCUCCACACCCGUUGAGCAGAUUCCGUACUUCAACCCUGCGAAUGUCAUUACGCUGGACCCUCGCUACUCACAUUCCAUCGGUCUGGCCUUAGUCCGCGGGAUAGACGUUGCUCGUCGCCGAAUCCAAUUACUUACUCCGAUUGCACCUAGAGUAAUUGCGGAGAUCAAUGAGACAGGAAAGAAGAUCGUCCUGGUCAGUGGGAAGCUGGAUACGCCUGGGUGGGCGUAUACCGAGGAGAUGAAUGUGAAGAUUGCGAGUGAGAAGGCGGCGAGGAGACAGCUGGAUGACAGGGAUGAUGAAGACGAGGUCUUGGAGUUAGACGACGAGGGUGAAGGUGACGAGGACCAAGGGAUGGGUGAAGGCAGGAUUGUACGGCCGGAGCAGAACCGUGGUACGAGUCAAUUUCACGAUGUGCCCUGGGUCGAGAGACUCGACGGGUCACAAGGGAGGGGUGUAGGAUCUCGGGUUUGGAGGGUGAGGAGAGAUUUGGGAAGGGUCGGCGAUGGUGGUGACUGA